GAUUGAACAUGGGAAUGUGAAGCUUCUAUUCUGUUGGGAAGUGUCCAGUCCUCUGACACUCUGUAGUAGACAUUGCAAGAUGAACUCACCUCGAAGCUUGCACUCUGCUUAAAGGAUGUGUAUGAACUCCAGGACAGGAGUUGCUGCAUAUAAUAUUAGAGGGACAGGUAAAGAUUGGCGAUCUCCAUAAGCAGCUACGCUUCGAGAUGCCCCGGCUAUGACCGCCUAAACAAGUGUUUCCACUUCCUUGGCAGUCGAUUUAAGCAGCUGGAUCAGUGUUUAUAAGAUCCGAAGAUACGCCGGAGAUGCGGAGAAGGCAGGCUUGAGAGGGAGCACAUGCGAGCGGCGAUCGAUCAGAAGAAGCUGUCGUUCUUCUGUCAGGCAAUAAAAAAAAGGUUGAGCCAAGAAGAUCCUGCCUUCUUCUUCCUCCGUAGUUAUGGAUGAGAGAAGUCACGAUAUGGAGAAGGGAGAUGAGGUGAUACUGCCGGGGUUUAGGUUUCAUCCCACCGAUGAAGAGCUGGUUAGCUUUUACCUGAAGAGGAAGGUGCAGCAGAGACCUCUUUCCAUCGAACUCAUCAGGCAACUCGACAUCUACAAGUAUGAUCCAUGGGAUCUUCCGAAGUUGGCCACGACGGGGGAGAAGGAAUGGUACUUCUACUGCCCGAGGGACAGGAAGUACAGGAACAGCACGAGGCCUAAUAGGGUUACAGGAGCAGGGUUUUGGAAGGCCACCGGCACCGACCGGCCUAUCUACUCCUCGGAAGGAUCCAAGUGCAUUGGCCUCAAGAAGUCUCUCGUGUUCUACAAGGGCAGAGCCGCAAAGGGCAUCAAGACGGACUGGAUGAUGCAUGAGUUCAGGCUUCCCUCCCUCACCGAUUCUUCUCUCUUCAAGCGACCCCUCGAUAAGAACAUUCCUGCAAAUGACUCAUGGGCAAUAUGUAGGAUCUUCAAGAAGACGAAUUCGGUGGCGCAAAGAGCACUGUCUCACUCGUGGGUGUCUCCCCAACCCGAGGCCACUGAGCCCGACUUGUUCUCCAUCUCACGAGCAGCACACAGCAUCCACUUCGGCUCCGAGAUGGUUUCGUGCAUCACAGAAGCUGGGUCUGCUCCAGCAAUACAAGUAGGUUGCAGCAGUCAGCAGCAGCAGCAGCAGCAGCACAACACCAUCAUCAGCUAUCCUCCACUGGACUUCUCCUGCUACAGGCCGAUCGAUCUGGGGCACUGCAGACCACCUCCCAGCGUCCAGAUGCCCACCAACUUCACGUUCUCUCCAGCCGAGAUGCAACUGACAUCCAAGUGCACCAUGGACGUGACAUCCAUGCUUCUCAACUUGUCGCCGGCGAUCCUAGGAGACGUCGAGAAAGCCUCCCACAUGGACUUCUUACAACAGCCGCAGCAGUGCAAUGAGUUCGCAGUCGACUUGCCGCCGCUGGAGACAAACGCCAACUUCAGGCACCAAGUGGAGGAAGUGCCCAUGAAGAAGAUGGUGAACGCAUGCGGUCUUAACAGCAACCGGUGGGGAGGCAGCCGGAAGAGUAGUGUGGACUUCCCCUUCGGCUUGCCAACAAUGUUCUCUGAUGAGUGGAAGCCAAACUUGCCAUUGAAUUCUUCAUCCUACCCUAGCGAGAUCUCCACAAGUUACUCCACAAACAAAUGUUAACCUAAAGGUAGGUAAUCAACAUCAUCUGCUAGCAUUGCUGUCAGCAUGAAAGGAGAGGGAGAAAGAGAGAGAGAGAGA